UUUUGGGAGUUGAGUUUGGUUUUUCUUCACUCAUGUGGGUUGUUGCAGAAUAAAGUUGUUGCUUGACUGGUCUUUCUUUUACCUGUUGGGUUUGAUGCAUGUUCUUGAGCUGUCCCAAGUAUCAUGAUGCUUCAUUAAAGUCAGUCAGUUGCUUAAAACAGUAAGGAUUUCAGUGAUACCAACAACAAAUGAAGCAAGUCAGAAAAAACCAAUUACAGUGAAGGGUUUUGUUGAUAUGGAUCUCAAGACGACUUCAAAAUACUACCAAGCUCCUCCUCCUUCAUCAGCAACACCAUUAGAGUACAACAAGAAGAACGAAGGAGAGAAUCCAUUUGAUGAUACAUUUUCAGCAGUAGACCCACUUUGUAAACUGAAUCUAAAAGAGACUUCAGAUUUUGUUAAAUCGUUUCCAAUGAAUACUAAGAGAGAUGGAUCGGUGAAUUCAGUUCAGAGUAAUAAUAGGAUGAGACUGAUUGAAGCUCCACCAACACCUGGUAGACCUGUGUUUAGUUUCAGUAAUAGUACUGGGAAUCAUCAUUCAAGAAAAGGGUUUCCAUCGAAAUGGGAUAAUGCUGAGAAAUGGAUUAUUAGCACUCAUGAUUCACCAGCUCAUCCUUUUGUUAAACCCUCACCAGUUUUUCAACAGAAAAGUGAGAUUUUCUCAGAGAAAUCUGUAAACGUGAAAUCUUUUGAUCAGCCUACUACCACUACAGUUUCAGUCUCAGCUUUUCAUGGUGGUGGUGCGGCUCCUGGAACUGAAGUACUUCUUAAAGAUAAGUUUACAAACAAUAUAGAGCCAGCAGCAAUAUUCCCAAACUUCAGAUAUUCGGAACCAUCGAAAGAAGGAUUCUUGUUUCGAAAUUCAGCUUGUGAAUCAAUGAAAGAUGCUGGAACGGAAAUGGUUCCGCAAAUUCAACAUAGAGAUGUUGGGACAGAAAUGACUCCGUUAGCAAGUUCAACAACUUCUAGAUGUCAUACCCCUUUCAAGAUUGCUUCUCCUGCUAGACAUAAUACGCCACAAGAUAGGUCAGGAUUGUUAGCGACACCCAAAAGGACUAGUACCAACAUAGAUAUUUCAGAGCAUCAUUUUGCAAAACUUGAAAUGGGGACUCAGUUUGAUUCGGUUACGUCGAAGUGGAGCUCGAGAGAGGAGGAAGAAGAAGAGAUUUCCAAGAGUUUGAGACAUUUCGAUAGUACGUUUAAUUGUGGUGGAUCUAGGAAGCAUAAUAAUGCAAUUGAAGUUAAAGCUGCUUCAUGGGAAGAAGAAGAAAGAACGAAAUGCUGUAGCAGGUAUCAAAGGGAAGAAGCAAAAAUACAAGCUUGGGUAAACCUCCAAAGUGCGAAAGCAGAAGCUCAAUCCAAAAAGCUUGAGGUGAAAAUACAAAGAAUGAGAUCAAAUUUAGAAGAGAAGAUAAUGAAACGAAUGGCAAUUGUUCAUAGAAAAGCAGAAGAAUUGAGAAAUGAAGCACAAAUUCAACACUCACAACAAGUUCAGAAAGCCACAGAACAAGCACAAAAGAUGAUACUCAAGAACCAACAACUACAAAACUCUUCUUACUACAUCUCUGACCAUACUACUUCAUGUGGUUGUUUUCCUUGCAACAACCAUCAUUUCUAGAUAACAAUGUCCUUUGUUUUUAGGAACCCCAAUGAAGAACAAUGCCAAAGUCCUUCGUUUUUAGGACCCCAAUGAAGUAAAGAGAUGGAACCCCAAAUAAAGAAAGAGUCUAUUUGUUGUUAGUACAAAGUGCAUAGAAUGCUGUGGUCCAUUGAUUGUAAAGAUUUGGUGUUUAGUCCUUGUUUGACUGAGAAAAGGAUAGCAGUGUAAUGUUGGUAAAGGGAAACAGUGUAGAAAUUUAGAGCAUUUGUUUAUGAUUGUGAUGUAUCAGAGUGAGAUCCCAAACAGCUAAAACAAGAUGAUGACAUGAAAAUUGCAGUGAACCCAUGUGGGGUUUUUUUCCUGUCUUGCAGAGUA